GGAAGUAUAAAAAGGAAAAUAAUUGCCCUUCAUCAGAAAUCUGGGCGUUUGGGGCAGUUCAUUUACCAGUAGGAGUGUUUCCAUGUGUGGAAUCUGAUUCUGUUUGGACAUUUAAUGUUGUAGAAUUGAUUCUUGUUCAUAAGUUAACAGCCAGAAAUUUUCACUCACAAACUUGGAAAAAAUGUCUUUCUACUCCUCAUGGAUUAAAGUUGUUUUCAUCAUGAUCUCCGUCUUCCUUUAUUGUGAAACUUCCUUAUUUGUUAAAUCAGGUAAAGAACGAAAGCCAGAUUGUUUUUUAUAUGUGUUUAAAAAGCAACGUGCUUGCACCAGUGAGUCUAACCCAGUCUGCGCAUCCAAUGGCCGAACGUACCGUAAUAAGUGUGUUUUCUGCAGCGAAAAUAAGAUUUUAGGUGAAAAAAUGAAAUUUGUUCACUAUGGACGCUGCUGAAUUUGGGUGGAGCUCUGCGUCUUCUUGGCUAUAAGGUGAUCGCGUUCUGCAGUGGAAUCUGCAGUAAUAAAUACUUCUGAUUCGAAAAAAUUAAGAAAUAAGAGUUGGCUGUAAAUGUGAUGUGCUUUCAUGCUACUUAGCAUUCUUCAACAGUGACAUGCACUGUCAGAAUCAUAUCAGCUCACACAAUGCUAGGCAGAGUGGCUGCUGAACUUACCAACGGGAAUGCUUGGAGAGAAUUGCAGGUGCUCUGCAAACUUGCUACAAUGCCUUUCUUCUCACCAUGGAUCACAGCAGUGUUCAUCAUUUCCUUGACAUUCCCUUUUCAUUCUGAAACCGGUUUUAACCCUAUAACAGAAGUUCGCAAAGAGCCACAUUGUGAAUCAUAUUCAGUAAGCAUUUGCAACAAAAAUAUUGAUAAAAUCUGUGCAAGCAAUGGCCAGACUUAUUACAAUAUAUGUUGGUUCUGCAGUGCAAAGCGAAUGAAAAAUGAUACAUUUUCUUUCCUUCAUUAUGGUGCUUGUUCUCCAAACUGACCUACAUAUUUCUGUGGCUUCUUUGCAAUCCCAAUCAUGGUGGAUUCCACAAUCAGCUAAAAAUCUCUUUAAUUAGUGUCUUAAGUUCCUCGAUGAUCACAUGAACACAUGUGUAGUACCCACCUAAGAUGGGACAUGGGACGUUAAAUAAUUUUCCAACACUAACAACCUGUAACUGAAUCACCUUUGUUCUCAGUGUUCAAUUUUUCAAUAAUGACCUUAUUUUUUGUUUGGCAAUACAAUGGAAUGACUUUUAAGCACAAAUAUUUUUAUCAAUAAAAUGUUAAAUAGUCUGUUCAAGUGUUGUUUUUUCAUGUUCUUUCUAUCUUGGGAAAGCAGUGAAAAUGGCCCAAGAACUUGGGGAGACUCAGAAGAAGCUUCUUGUUCCUGGUUUUAGACCCACACAUCCUUGGCUACUGUUGCAUUGGGUAGUGAAACAGUGGAUUAACUUUCUGUCUGUGUGUCUA